CUGCAAUACGGCUUGGCAAGUUAAGUCCAUUUCCGCGUUCUUGACGUCGCCUCGAAAAUACUACUAGUCUCUCAUUGCACCAGAGCCGAGAAAGUUGUGCAAUGGCCUGGAAAGUUGCGGAAUUGAUGGGUACACCAUCCAUGCAGAAUGCUGUCCCAAGGUGUCAAGCUUAUUCCGAAGUGGAGGACCGGCAUGGAUACCUUCUCCCACUUAUGCAGCUUGGUAUCCUGGUGUGAAUAGCUUCUUGAGUGUGUCGAACUUUUUCAUCCUUUUCCAAUCCUUCUCGCUAAUGUCCAAUCUUUAAUACUCAAACCGUUUGAACAAUGUCAGCGCCACAAGGAACAUUCUCAGCUCUCAAGGCUGGAGAAAUUGUCGUCAAGCUUCCUCAUCCCUACCAGACCGAGUUUGCGAUCGAAAAAGUCUCGGCACAACCUGACACGAAUGCGCCAGCCUAUACAAUUGUCCAGAAAGCUCCUGGGUCUGACAAGCGUUUGCCCUUUGGUCUUUACAACGAUGGCUUUGUUUUCUCGGAUCCAAUUGAUCUGAAGUCAAGCGAGCUUCCACCUCAAUCCAACAACAGUCCUUGGGCUCGGGCACGCCGUUCACCAUGUGUCACCGUUUAUUGGGCUGGCCCCGAGGCGCCAAGCUUGGGUCAAGUCUGGCUGCUUGCAUAUGCUCUGUUCACUUUGAGAACAUCCGUGGAAUCAUAUCGACUGGAGCUACAUGGAGCUGGGGCCGCUAUUCUGGGCCAACAACUCACAGCAGUGUUGCUUGCCAUUGAUCACCCUCUCAAGGGCCGAGAGAAGCGCCAACCCUCCAACAAGACUGACGAGAGCCUCGUCCUUCUCUUGCGAAGUACCUUCUGGCAAGGCGCUGGAUCACCAUUUGGACCUCGACCUGUUUGGUGCCCAGAAGAAUCGCCUUCAUCUCUGCCCGCCUCAGCACCUCUUGGAUCAUUCCCUUUGACUCCUUUACAUAAUACAACGACCAUCACAGUCGCCGGAGAUCCUGAUGAUCCCGAGAGAGUUCAGCAGUCAUGGCACCCAGUCAGACCAGCUAAGCCCGCACCUGGGGCUGUUGUUUACAGCCGAUGGAUUCCUCAUCUUAACGAGACCUUCUCCAUGGUGUCAGUUGACUAUAAUGAUACCGAGCACGUACGUCUAUUUCAUGAAUGGCAGAAUGAUCCUCGUGUUUCCCAGGGAUGGAGCCAGACGGGAACUUUGGAGCAACACCAGGAGUAUUUGCGCGAGGUGCAUGGUGAUCCGCAUGUGAUUGCGCUUCUAGCCAAAUGGGAUGAUAUCCACUUUGCAUAUUUUGAGGUCUAUUGGGCCAAGGAGGAUCGACUGGGUGGUUACUUCAACGCUGGUGACUUCGACCGCGGUCGACAUUCCCUUGUAGGUGACGUGCGAUUCCGCGGGCCACACCGUGUGUCGGCGUGGUGGAGCAGCUUGAUGCACUACCUCUAUCUCGAUGAUCCGCGCACUAUGUAUGUUGUUGGGGAGUCUCAGGAGACCAACACAACUAUUGUUAUGUAUGACUUCGUUCAUGGCUCGGGUCUAGACAAACUUGUCGAUCUGCCACAUCAGCGCAGUGCUUUCGUCAGAUCGUCACGAGAGCGCUUCUUCCAACUGUGCCCACUAGCAGACAAUGAGAAGGUUGUUGCUGGUACAAAGCUUGGUCUUGUGCCUAAGCUGUGAGUGUCGAACAGGAUAUGAGGGCCACAAUAGAUUUAUAGUAAAUACAGGUAGAUAGGUACUGGUUUGAGAUAUUCGGGACAGCAAUAAAAAGUUCAUGUUUGGAUCACA